ACACAUAUCUAUAUACAUGACACAGGUGUAGGCCAGCGGGCGGUGUGUGGGUGUCUAACAGGAAUGCCUUCCACAGUGAAGCUCUCGCGGAGCAUAAAAUAGAGACGACGCGGCGAAUCACCGUAUAUGAUUCGUUUCCUGACGUUUCCGUUGCUCUCCACGAUACUCCCUCGCACUCACGCGUUCCCCGCGCGCCCGACGAUAUCGCGAGAUCCUGGCUUCUCCCAUAUUUUCUCAAUGUGCGUUUCUGAAUUAGAGGUUACGCUGUCAGCCGCAACAAUCUGAAACAAUCCCGUAUUCCCCGAUAGGUAUGGUAGAGGAUAGAAAGUAUGAGAUUCCAAGCCGUAUCGAGUGCGACGGAUAUCGAGGUACGUUGAAAUACGUCGGACCCGUUGGGAACACCAAGGGCGAGUGGUUCGGCGUGGACUGGGACGAUUCGACUCGUGGCAAGCACAAUGGCACGUACGAAGGAGUAGAGUAUUUUCAAGCCAGACAUUCCACAUCGGGCUCCUUCAUACGACCGGGCAAAGCCAAGUUUGGGAUAUCUUGUCCGCAAGCCAUCAAAAUGCGCUAUGGGCUAAUCGACGACGAAUUGGCCGGCAUAGACAGGGACGAGGUGUCGAGUUUGAGGAAAGAGAUCAACGCACCGUUUUUAGAGCUCGUUGGCUUCUCCAAGGUGAACAAGAAACAGAGCAAGUUUGACGAACUGAAAAUAGUGUGGCUGAGGGAACAGUGCGUAUCCGAUGCGGGUGGGCCAAGGGAAUUGGAAGAAUUGUGUCCUAAUUUGGAGGAACUGGAUUUGUCUAGAAAUUUAAUAAAUUCGUGGAAAAUCGUUGCAGAUAUAUGCUCGCAGCUUCGUUCUCUGACGCGUCUUAAUGUCAGUGAAAAUCACCUGCCUAUAGAAGAUGUGACAGCAUUAAAAGAUUCGUUUCCAACAGUUAAGCAUUUAACUAUAGCUAGAAUGAAUUACGACUGGUCUGAUAUUCGGCAAUGCAUAUCCAUGUUUCCGUCGAUCAGAGAACUUUCAGUUUCUUUUAAUAUUGUCACGGCUAUAGAAGACAUAACGGCAAAUACUAAUUUAAUGAGAAUAGUUACAUUAAUACUCGAAGGAAAUCUUAUAUCAAGUUGGGAUGAAAUACUUAAACUAGGUUCCCUUCCGUGCUUAGAAUAUCUUAAUUUGAACUUAAAUAAAAUAGAUAGAAUUAGAUUUCCAUCUUCAACAUCAACCGAUAAGACUGCUUUAUUUCCUAUGCUACGUCAACUACAUAUUUCGGAAAAUUACAUAUCAGAGUGGCAAUCGAUUAGCGAAUUGGAUAAGUUAUCAAAUCUAGAAGACUUAAAAUUCAGAGGAAAUCCCAUUUUGAAGAACGAAACUGUGGAGACUGCUCGACAAUUGAUAAUCGCAAGAAUAGCAAAAUUAAAGACCUUAAAUGGCACAGAGAUACCUCACGAUGAAAGGAGAGGCGCCGAGUAUGAUUAUUUAAAAUUGUAUUUACCAGUGUGGCUGGAAACUGAAAGUAAUUUGGAGAAGAGAUCAUCAUUUGUAAAUGAAUAUCCGCGAUAUCCCAUCUUAGUUGAUAAAUAUGGAAUUGCAGAUAUUCCCUCGGCUAAGCCGAAAGUAGAAAUGGUUUCCAAUGUGAUAACGGUGGAAUUUGUAUGUCCGGACGAUCCGCGUCAGCCCAGAGGAAUUAAGAGGAAGUUACUUAAAGAUAUGGAAGUGCAAAAAAUGAUUGGGCUUGCCCAGAGACUUUUCAAAACCGGUGGAAAGAGAUCGGAAGAAAAUAUUUUUAUUAAGAUAUAA